UUUCCCUCCCUGCCCACCUCAGCCACGAGGCCGCUCUCCCCUCGCAUUCCGCCGCUCUGAUUGCUGCUCGCUGCUCCAGGUACCUCCCCCUCUUCGCCUUUUGUUUUAGUGUCAGGCAGCAGCCCAGUUUCCUGUUGAUACCGGAAUGUUGUGAAUGGGCAGGGAAACGCCACCUUCUCCUACUUCCCUCUGCCUUUCUCUUUCUCUCCCGGCCACAGCUGGGAGAGCCUCUCUUGGCGAGCGCCCUCCCAGCUCCUGCCAUUCCUUAGCCGAGACCAGAAAGAGAGCGAGGCCUUCGCAGCCUCCCCGAGAGCGCGCUUGAAACUUUCGAGGAAGGGGAAAAGCAAGAAGCGGCGGCGGCGGCGGCGCAGGAGGGACGCUUUGCCUCCUCUCCAGGCUGCGGGCGGCGGGAGCGGCAGGUGCAGGCGCAAGGGCAGCUCCAAGCCACGCCAUGGAGGAGCAGAGGGAAGCCUAAGAAAGGGGUGCUUUUCCUCCCUGUCGUCGAUGGCUGAAGCCUGGAGGCUGGAAGAAGAAGAGGAGGAGCUGAAAGAGCUCGGCAGAAGGCACAGGAGACCCAGCUUGAACCCAGCAACAGAUCGUUCUGAAAGAAAUAAACCCGACCACCGCUCUUCAGGCCAAGGCCCCCUGUCAUCCAUUAAAGCAGCAAUCAAGAGAACUUCUCGGACAUCUGGCCACAGUGAACAGCAAAGAGAGAGAAGGCGCCCUGAAAUCACAAUAGUUGCAGCUGAGCCGCUUGGGCCAUCCUCCUGGUUUCCUGGUGGAAAUCAUGUCCCUCAGCAAGGGCUAGGUUUUCAGUCGUCUCACACCCAGGCCCCUUGGAGAACAAAUGACCUUGUUUCAGCUGAGCCCCCUUCCUAUGAGCAGGUAAUCAAAGAGAUCAAUCGAGUGCAAGUCAACACUCCUAGCAACAAUAAUGCUUCCAGUGCUGUUAAUGCUAGAUGCACCACUACAUCUUCAACACAGACUGACUUUCCAGAAGAGAUAAUCAGCAAAUUGCCAGGAACAAAUGUGAAAAGUAAUCUGCAUGGUCUCUGUGAAUGCGAAAGCACUCCAGCUGUACCAAUUCCUCGAAAGCCACCUAGACCUUCAUCAUCUCUGCUGAUCAGCAAUCCUUCCAAAAAUGAGGAACUUCUAGUUGUGUUGGAAGAGGAGCAGGCAUGUCAGGAGAAGCCUAAUGCUGUAAUAUGUCCUGUUCCAAAACCAAGAUCAAAAGGCAAUCUGAAACCUUUUGUUAGAGAUACUCAAAGCAACGCACAAGACAAUCAGGAAGAAGCAAGCCAGUCAAGGACUGAAAAGGACACACCGGCAAUCCAGCUGCUGUCCUUACUAGAUGACAGCCUUUGGGACACUCAUAUGGACAGUAUGGAUAAAGAUAAGAGCCAAAGUAGCAUACUAUCUCGGAUUAAAGCUUUUGAAUCGCAAGCAAACACCGAAACAAAGAAGCCAGAAAUAUCUCCACGCUCCAUAGGCCCCAAACCCAUAAUAAGUGCAAAAAAACCUGUGGUGGCCCCAAAGCCAGUGGCCAACAGAGCUUCAGGUGAGUGGGAUUCGUGGCCAGAAAGCAAACUAAAGGUCAUUCCCCAGGAAAGGCAACCACAACCUCAGGAAGCUGGGAGCAACAUAACCAAGCCUGAAUUGCCAAAGAAACCAAAAUCAGGCAUUGUAAAAAGCAGUAGCAAUGGACUGCUUAGUUCAACAAGCCAGUCAGCUUCAGAAAAUAGUAAUGGACAGAGAAAAUCUCCCAUUCCUGCUCCUCGGCCACUUGUUCCCAAGAAGUCGGUUUCUUUUGAAAGUCCUGCUCUUCCUAUGCUUCCACUAAAGCCAAUAAGUGCUACUCCUAGGCUCUCUGUAGCUGCCCAGUCUAAUGCCUUUCGAUCCCUGGCGGAGCCCUCUGCAAGCAGCCUCUCAGCACCUCCAGGGCAGGGCAAGCCACCUGCGGAAGGAGAUCUGAUUAGCUUUGAUGAUGAUGUUUUACCCCCUAACUCAGCCGGGACUCCUCAGGAACUUACGCCGUCAGAAUCCGAUGUUGUCACUUUGCCCUCCAAACAAGAGCCUGCAAAAGAACAGGCGGUUCAACCAGCUGUUGUGCGCAAACCCACUGUGAUCCGAAUCCCAGCUAAACCAACAAAAGCUUUAAAUGAAGUUCCAGAGAGCCCUCCUCCACUUCCUACAGAAAAACCAAUAGGGAACACAUCUGGCGUUUCGGCUGGAAAACCCAAUAACAACAAAGCAACAAAAAAUGUGGAAUCUGAGCAUUCUAGUUUGAAACAGUCAUCAAAGAAUGAACCCAUAAUGCCCCCAAGGCCUGGUGAUGGAAAAACCACACCAGCUCGACCUCCUCCACCUAAGGGUGCCCCUGGAAGGCCACCACCACCAAAGUCUACCAAGGCCUCAUUGCAAAAGGGGAGAUUUUCUCGCUCAUCAUCUGACGUGAAUCUCUAUAAACAACCAGGCAAAUCAGGGCCAGGAGGCAAGAGAACAAAGAACGAUACUGCUAAAAAUCAAGACCCAGCUUUACCUCCUCGACCCAAGCCAGGCCAUCCUCUCUACAGUAAAUACAUGCUUCCUGUGCCUCAUGGAAUCGCCAAGGAAGAUAUCUCUCCACAAGAUCCCAGCCAUCUCUCUUGCAAGCGUGGGGAUGUGCUUCUGCUGGUGGACCAUGUUGACAACAGCAUCAUUGAAUGUCAAAAGGGUGAAGAAACUGGCAAAGUUCAUUCAUCCCAGAUGCAGAUAAUAACUCCACUGGAUGAGAGUUUGAAAAGCAGACAGAGGGAUUCGGACAAUAUGCGGAAGAUUUCCGACCCAGGUGUUCCUCAUGCGAUAGUGCUGCAUGAUUUUCUAGCAGAACAUACUGAUGAUUUGGACCUCUAUUCUGGAGAGACCGUUUAUCUUCUGGAGAAAAUAGAUGACGAGUGGUACAGAGGAAAAUGCAAGAAUUGCACAGGGAUCUUUCCUGCCAGCUUUGUCAAAGUUAUUGUUGAUAUUCCAGGAGAAAGCAACAGGAAAAAAGGGCACUUUUCAUCCUCCAGUAUCGUAGUCCCUAGAUGUAUAGCUCGAUUUGAAUACAUUGGAGAUCAGAAAGAUGAAUUAAGCUUUUCGGAAGGUGAAAUUAUUACUUUGAAGGAAUAUGUCAAUGAAGAAUGGGCUAGAGGAGAGCUGAGAGGCACAUCUGGAAUUUUCCCCUUGAACUUCGUAGAAAUUAUUGAAGAUCUCCCUGCACCAGAUGGUGGAACAUCACUGAAUAAGAAUUCUGUGUCUGUGUCACAGCUGGAAGGAUGUGCCGGACAGUGGUGUGAUGCACUCCAUGAUUUUACAGCAGAAACGCAGGAAGACUUGUCUUUUAAAAGGGGAGAUCGCAUCUUGAUAUUGGAACACUUGGACUCAGAGUGGUACAGAGGGAGACUGAAUGGAAAGGAAGGAAUUUUCCCUGCAGUGUUUGUUCAUGUUUGCUCAGGAGGAACACAGUCAUCACAGCCUCCAGGUACUAAGAAACAAAAAGCCAAGGCUUUAUAUGACUUCCAUGCUGAGAACGUAGAUGAACUCUCCUUCAAGGUUGGUGAUAUCCUAACUGAACUGGAGUCUGUAGAUGAAGAAUGGAUGACUGGAGAGCUACAUGGCAAAACUGGAAUAUUCCCCAAAAACUUUGUCCAGAUUAUACAUCCCUCCUGAAGAUAAAACCUAGUUUUGGACCAUCUGCCUACAGAAGCCUAUACAAGCAAAUACCUUACUAGCACAAAAGCACAUUACUGCAGGCAGCAAAGGUUGCCCUCUAUGAUCAUAUGAUCUACUCUUUGACUAUCAAAUGCAUUUUUGCACUAUUUUUAUAAAGGUAUACUAGAAUAUACAAUAUUUUGUAGACUAUACAAUAUUUUGUUUCACGUUUACACUUAUUUAGAAGUCUUGCUCACUCACUCUUCCAAGAAACGGAAUUUGGUACAAUACUUGACUGUUGGCAACUUGCAUUUUAGCAAAUGCAGCUAAAUAUUCAAGCUGCAUUCUUCCUUUCCAAUGCUAUACUAUACUUAAAUCAGUAAACACUAAAUAGCCACUGUGUGAAAACAUUAGCCCUGAUGUACAGUCUGAUCACUGUAAGGUACAGGGUUUGGUGGGUUGGGUUUUUUGUUUCAGAAACCAUGUUAAACUACUUAUUGCUUACUCCAUCACUUAGUGUUAAAGGAAUAAAAUAUCAUGAAACACGAUUCUAGAACAGUGUUUCUCAAGCUUGGGUUUCCAGCUGUUGUUGGACCUCACCACUGGUCCUGCUAGCUAGGGAUGAUGUAGUCCAACAACAGCUGGAAACCCAAGUUUGAGGAAACACUGGUCUAGAAGGUCACUCAGUUGUAUGAGCUGAUGAAGGUUCUUAUACCAACCCAUACCAUUGUUCUAUUUAGCCUAGUACUAUCUACUCUGACUGCCAGUGGCUCUACAUAGGUUCAAGCAGUAGUUUCUUGGUUGCUAUCUGAUCUUUAAUUGGUCAUAUAAAGGACUGAAUCCAAAACUGUAUGUGUGCAGGGCACAUGCUUCACCACUAAAUAAUGCAGACAAGUGGCUCAUUAUCUAGUAAUUACAGUAUAAAAGGUUCUCCUAUUCAGAAUGCUGCCUUCAAUUCAACCUGGUGCUUUAUACCCUUCAUUCUUUCAUAUUGUAUUCAAUUUUUUAAACCUUUUGCUGACUUCCCUUGUCAUCUUUUCACCAUAUUUUCUUGAACUAAGAGUACUUUUGUGUUUGAAAUAAUGUUGCAAGUGAAAAUAUGCCUCGCUAUAGGUGACAUCCAACUAAGGCAUACUCAUAGCAGAUCUGCAGAAAUCAAUGACUUACUUCAUUGAGUCUACACUAUGGCUUAGUUGGAUACCACCCUAUAUGACCGCUUCUUUAUAACAAGUUAGACAUACCAUAGUUUUGUCAAAAAUCUGUAUUGCUGCCCAUGGAUUUUGUCUUCCUGUGUGUCUCUAAAAAGUGUGUAACUUACAUCUAAGCUGCAUGCUGGUUUGUUCUUGCCUGCCUUUUUCAGAGUUCUAAGAUGAAUCUAGUUAAGAUGAUAAAGGAAAAAUAGCAUUUCGGUGGCUGUAUUAUACUUACCCUACACCUGUAAUGCAGGUCUGUGCUGAAUAAUUUUCAUUACACACACACACACACACACACACACACACACACACACACGUUAGUGUAGGAAACAGCACUUUAUGCAUAUACAUUAAAAAUCUGAUUAAGCCACAGGCAACUAGACUGAAUCUAAACUGAUCAAGAAACCGUGAAACUGCAAAAGCAAUUACAUAAAGAUUUAAGUCAAGUCAACCAUCCUAAGUCUUUCCCUGGGCCGUUCACUGACACUCCAAAAUUGUAUCUUCAAAAGAAGGAAUCUUCCAAUUGCAUCCAGAGCAGGUACUAGGCAUUUGAAUUUUAACAAUGUUUUUCAGAGACUGACUAGAACUUUUGACUACUUUUUCAUAACAUCUUGCUCAUAACAAGUUGAGUUCUACAUAAAUUAAUGUCUUCACUUUCUUCCAGCCAAUUGGGUAGUUGUAUGACAGGUACAAAUAAUUUAUUUCUGCAUGGGCAGUACAUACCCAGUCUUCUUCAGAUCCUUGCUAUAUUUAGCUUCAAAUUUUAAAACCAAAACUAUGUUAAACAUGAGGAUACUGAAAUUACAAAUACCCUCCUCUGAACAAUAUGAAACAGAAUUAACAGUACCUGGAACUGCAGGAGGCUUGCUUCAUAUCCAAGUAUACAGAAAGCUUCAAGCAGCUACAGGUUGCUUUUAAUUGCAAAUCUUUUGCAAUCUGGUCAGUUGAAGACUGAGGUGACUAAUGCUGAUCAAGAACUUACUCAAAUUGACUUUGUAAGUGACUUUCUCUAAAUUUUAUCUCCUAAUCCAUUUCAAAGUUCCCCUUUAAAAACAAGCCAAAUGUCAACUGGUUAUUUUUACACAGGACUGUCCCUGGACCCAGGAUAGUAAACCUUGUUGAUAUUAGAUGAACAGGUCUGGAGAAACCCCAUGCUGUAUUCAGAUUACUGUAAAUUUCUUCCUCCUUCCCUUGAAUAACGCAGUAAGCUGAAGAACUGUUCAUUCCGAUAGAGAAGUAGGCUUAGCACUGUACUAAGAAAGGUAAGGUAGGCAAGAUUGUUUAAUUGUACCUAAUAUGUCAUGAUUGACCACUUUCCAUCUCAUGGAAAGUUUUAUGUAUGCUACCUAAAAGGUGUACUUAAAGAAAAUUUUGGUUAUCUAAUCUUUAUAAGAACAAACUUCCUCUGUG